AUGAGGAUCUCAGAAAAGCUAAAUCAGGCACACUCGGUAUCCAAUCCGGCUAUGGCUACAUUCUCUUUUGAAUUUUUCGUUCCAAAAACAUCACAAGGUGUACAAAACCUAUACGAUAGAAUGGAUAGAAUGUACGACUUGAAUCCUAUCUUCAUAGAUAUUACUUGGAAUGCAGGUGGAAGAUCUUCGAGCUUAACAAAUGAGAUGGUUUACACCGCACAAUCUACUUUAGGCUUGGAAACUUGUAUGCAUUUAACUUGCACUAAUAUGCAAAUUGAAUUGAUUGAUGAGGCUUUAGAUAGAGCCUACAAGUCUGGAUGCCAGAAUAUUUUGGCUUUGAGGGGUGAUCCUCCGUUGGAUGGCUCAGAAUCCACUGGCAUUUUCAAUUACGCUGUUGACUUGAUAAAAUAUAUUCGUAAGAAAUAUGGUAAUCAUUUUAACAUCGGUGUUGCAGCUUAUCCAGAAGGUCAUCCUGAAGAAGAGUCUGAUGAGUUGCUUUUGACCUAUUUAAAGGAAAAGUGUGAUGCAGGUGCCAAUUUCAUUAUUACUCAAAUGUUUUAUGAUGCUGAUAACUUCAUUUCUUGGUGCGCAAAAGUUCGUAAACUUGGUGUCGAGAUUCCAAUAAUUCCUGGAAUAAUGCCAAUUUCUACUUAUGCUUCGUUCAUUAGAAGGGCAAAGUGGUCUCAAGUAGCAAUACCACAAGAAUUCUUGGAUGCUCUUGACCCAAUUAAAGAUGACGAUUUUGAGGUCAGGGAAAAGGGAACAGAGCUUGUUGCAGAGAUGUGCCAGAAGUUAAUUACGUCUGGUCAUGUGAAUCACUUACAUUUUUAUACGAUGAACUUAGAGAGGGCUACCGUAAUGAUAUUAGAAAAAUUGAAUUUGAUUGAGUCAGUGAAGUCACAUGAGACAAUCGGUGGUGUUGACUUGCCAUGGAGAAAGUCUUUACUCCCACUGAGAUCGAAAGAAGCUAUUCGUCCAAUUUUUUGGCAGAACAGAAAAUAUUCUUAUAUAUCGAGAACUUCAGCUUGGGAUGAGUUCCCUAAUGGAAGAUGGGGUGAUUCUAGAUCUCCAGCUUUUGGCGAUAUAGAUUUAUUUGCGACUGACUUAUUGAGGCAGUCCCCCAAAAAGGCAUUUGAUUUGUGGGGAGCACCUCAAUCUUUGAAGGACUUUGGUGAGCUUAUUGUAUCUUAUCUUAAAGGUGACUUGAAAUCAUUGCCUUGGUCUGAUGGACAAAUUGGCAAAGACACAUCAAUCAUAGUUGAAGACCUUAUUAAAUUAAAUAGAAAAGGGUUUUUUACUACGAAUUCCCAACCAGCUCUAAAUGCUGUGAAAUCCAGUGACAGUGUCUUUGGGUGGGGUCCCAAGAACGGAUAUAUCUACCAAAAGCAAUAUUUGGAAUUUUUGUGUCACCAAGAUUUGAUUCCUGACCUUUUACAGAAAAUUUCCGAAUAUAAUAAUGCUCAAAAUGGUUCUGGCUGUGGUAAUGUGACCUAUUAUGCGGUGAAUAAAAAUGGUGACUUGUUGACCAACACUGCAGAGGAUGAUAUUAAUGCUGUCACGUGGGGUGUCUUUCCAGGUGAAGAGAUUUUGCAGCCAACAAUUGUGGAGAAGACCUCUUUUUUGGCAUGGAAAGAUGAAGCUUUUAGACUCAUUACAGAAUGGAUUAGAAUAUUCCAGAGCUACCACCUUCAAUCUACAACCAUUGAUAAAAGUCAGAGCUCAAAUUUUGUCGAGCUCAUGAAAAACUUAAAUGAUGAGUUUGUUCUUUGUAACUUGGUCAGUAACGAUUUUUUCGACGAAAACAAGACCAUUUUUGAUUUAUUAAAUCAGCUCCAUGUGCCUGACCUAGAAUAA